CACUAGAAUGGAAAUGCCAUGACCGACUGAGGAAUGGAAUUACUUGUUCGGUUCCGCAAUUGUACUGUUGUAACUGAUAUUCUGGAGAAAGUAGACAGGACACUAGAGUUUUUGUCAUUUGUAAGAGUUUAUUCACUGAGAAGACCAGAUCUAGUACUUCCUCUUUUUCGUGUUUUACGUGACACCCAAGUUGAAACAAUUGAAUACUGGCAAGCGAUCGAGCUCAUUGCCCUUGCUGCUGCCGACGUGUCAAACUACAGAAUUUUUAACUGGUGCUGUGACAAAAUCAAAAAGAGGUUUGGAGACAACUGGAGACUGCACCGUCUGCUCGGAUUGUUUCACGAAAUCCGUCUUGAUUAUAGAGCAGCAGCCGCAGUAUACGAAAAUAGCUUGGUAAAGCAUCCUAGCUGUCCGCAGCUAUACAAGAGACAGGUUGCAAUAUUGAAGAGCUUGAACUCUUAUGAGCAAGCUGCCGUCGUUCUUUGCGAUUAUUUAAAGAACUUUAUGGUAGAUGAAGAGUCUUGGUGUGAACUUGUUUUUAUAUAUUUAUAUUUGAGGAAAUACGAGGAGGCAGCUUUUGCCGCUUCUGAAUUGAUCAUUUUGAAUCCUUCAAAUUGGUUUUACUUUUUGUUAUUUGCUGAAAUUCAAUACAACAUAGGAAGCUAUGAGUCCCUCGUAACUGCUCGGAAAUAUUGUUGUUAUGUUUGCAAAAUGCAGAAGAGUUGUCCUCGAGUCUUCUAUGAUUUGCUGCUGGUUUGCUGGGCUCUUGGAAAGUUUCCACAAUCAUCAAAGGAUGUGAAUAGAAGACUUUUACUCUUUGCAUCAAAGCACUUGAGACAAUUAUACAAGAACUCUUCCUUGUUAUUUGCAGUUGAAGAAUUGUUAACUCACAGUAGCUCAAGAAAGUUGAAAUAUCAAACAAAUGACUAGAAUAGUUGUGUCUUUUUCAUGUCAUUGUAAACGGAAUUUCUUUUAUAUUGUCUAAAGUUGUAUCUAAAUUUGGUAGAAUACCUUGUUGCGAAAGUAUUGACACUUGU